AUGCCAUACCAGAGAUACAGGAAUUACCAAGAGUGGUAUGAAAUACCGUUCGAUGACAAGUGGAAGCAGCGUGCGUGGCCUUCCAAAAGAAUCACCCAGGCGCCUCGUUGGUGUUCCGUCGACAUGCGCGAUGGCAACCAGUCGCUCAUCAAUCCCAUGGAUCAUGACAAAAAGCUCCGCUUCUUCACCCAUCUGUGCGCAAUGGGUUACAAAGAGAUUGAAGUCGGCUUUCCAGCAGCCAGCCAGACUGACUUCGAUUUCUGCAGGUACAUCGUGGACAACCAGCUUAUCCCUGACGACGUUCAUAUUCAGGUACUGACACAAUGCCGCGAUGUACUAAUCAAGAAAACGAUUGAGGCUGUCAAGGGAGCGAAGAACAUUAUCCUGCACAUAUACAACUCCACCAGCGAGCUGCAGCGGAGGGUUGUGUUCGAUAAGCCUCGCGAGGGGAUACAAGCCUUAGCUGUGGAAGGCGCUUCGCUCAUUAAGAAGCUGUCCGACGAGGAGCUGAUACCGACAGGGUCCAACGUACGAUUUGAGUAUUCACCUGAGUCUUUCACUGGCACGGAGCUGGAUUUUGCUCUGGAGGUGUGCGAGGCGGUAAUUAAAGUGCUGGCACCCAGGCCGGAAGAGCAGGUUAUCAUCAACCUCCCAGCCACGGUCGAGAUGGCGUCGGCCAACGUGUACGCCGACCAGAUCGAGUGGAUGCACACGCACUUUCAGAACAGGGAGAAGGUGAUCCUGUCGCUGCAUCCCCACAACGAUCGCGGGAGCGGGAUCGCGGCCGCGGAGCUCGGGGUCCUGGCCGGAGCCGACCGCGUGGAGGGCUGCCUGUUCGGCAACGGUGAGCGCACCGGGAAUGUGUGCCUGAUCACGCUCGCCAUGAAUCUCUUCACGCAGGGCAUCGACCCGGAGGUGGACCUCAGCUGGGGAACCGAGAGCAUCGAAGUGGCUGAACACUGCAACGAGCUUCGAGUGCCAGAGAGGUGGCCUUGGGCUGGCUCACUGGUUUACACGGCUUUCAGCGGGUCCCACCAGGAUGCCAUCAAGAAAGGCAUGGCCAAGAUGAAGGCCCCUGAAGCCAAGUACUGGGAAGUGCCAUAUCUGCCAGUCGAUCCGAUGGACAUCGGACGCUCGUAUGAAGCGAUCGUUAGAGUCAAUUCGCAGUCUGGCAAGGGAGGGAUUGCGUACAUUCUUGAGGAAGAUUAUGGCAUUGCCUUGCCGAAAGAAGCACAAGCUGAAUUUUCCCAGGUCAUUCAGGAGAUCACAGAUCGCACGAAGGCCGAGAUUGGAAACGCCGACAUUUAUGCGCGGUUCCUUGAGCAUUACGUGGAGCAGAGCAAUGGCUUCAAGUUGGUCGACCUGGAUAUAUCCACGAAACUUGUCGCCAUUGAGGAGCUCGAGAAGAGGGGGAUUACAGGGCUGCCCAGGGACCUCCAGUCACAGGUGGUCAGGGUGUGCAAGCCGCUCGUGAAUCGGGAAAAGUGCUACGAUACGUUCUUUGACAGCUUCGUCAACGUCAAAUCUCCUCUGGAGCUCGUCAGCUUCGAGGUGUCAGGGGACAAGGAGAUCACAACCACAGCAACGGUGAAUUUCAGGGGCGAGGUGAAGACGGUGACAGCGUGCGGAAACGGUCCCAUCGACGCCUACGUCAAGGCACUGAAUUCUCUAUCGGGCAGCUGCCUGACAGUACGAAGCUACGAGCAGCACUCCUUGCAGCACUCGUCCUCUUCGGACGCGUUCUGCUCGAUCGAGAUACGGAUCCGAGGACGUGCCUGGCACCCCGAGAGGUACUCCGCACUUCGGCGUCGGCAUCCACGCCAACACGACGCAGGCGUCGUUCAACGCCGUCACGGUGGGGUUCAACCGCACCCUCGCCAGCAGGACGAAUGGCCACGCCGAGCCCGACGACGCUCUCGAGUCCCUGUGCUCCAUAAGCGCGCAUGUCCGAUACCAGGGGAAGACGACCCAUAUCCUCGGCACGGGCACGGGGCCUGUCGCCGCCUUCAUGAACGGCAUAAGAACUUACUUUCCCGUUGCCAAGGACCUGAGGUUGGUCGACUACUCCCAGUCCGCGAGGAGCAAGUCCAAGAUGGGCGACCAGAGUGA